AUGGCUUCUAAUCAAGAUGGAAGCAAUGAACCAGUCCCACAAGGUGAAGAAUCUGAAGAUCCAAGCUUGGUGAAAAAGAGGCGAAAAACUUCUGUAGUUUGGAAUGAUUUUCAUGAAAUGGACAUUCCUAAUGUUGGGCGUAAAGCAGUUUGUAACUACUGCAAACAAAAAUUUGCAACUGGGGGAAUUGGAGGUAGCACUAGUCAUCUAAGGAGGCAUUCACAAAAUUGCUUGAAUAGGAAAUUGGACCAAUCCGUGAAGAAGCAGACCACUUUAUCAUUCCAGCCUACAGGUUCUACUUUGAAUCCUUUUCUUGCACCCGGGGGGAUGUACACCAAUGAAAAGAUGAGAGAAAUUAUUGCUACUGCAAUUAUGAUUCACGAGUAUCCUUUCAGUAUUGUGGAGGACGAUGUUUGGAUGUGGGCCUUUAAGUUUGCGAAUGCUGAAUUUGAAAAAGUUUCGCGUAUUACUGCAAGAAAAGAUUGUAUUGCAUUAUAUGAGGCAGAAAAGAAAAGUCUAAAGGCUUUAUUGAUGGGUGUGAAAAAGAUCAGUAUAACCACUGAUAUGUGGAAGUCUAGUCACCAAAUAGCUGAAUAUAUGGUCAUCACUGGCCAUUUUAUUAAUUCAGAAUGGAAAUUGCAAAAGCGAGUGUUGAGUUUUGUUAAGGUUCCACCUCCAAGGCGUGGAGUUGAAGUCGCUGAUGCAAUUUUUAAAUGUCUGCAAUUAUGGGGAAUUGAAAAUAAGAUAUUUUCAGUAUCUGUGGACAAUGCAGCCUAUAAUGAUGUUUGUAUAAGAAAUUUGAAAAGCACAUUAGCAAGAAACACUAAUUUAGUCCUUGGUGGACAACUAUUUCAUGUGAGAUGUUGUGCUCAUAUAUUGAAUUUGCUAGUGCAACAUGGUCUUAGUCAGAUCAAAGGUAUCAUUGAAAAUGUUCGUGAAAGUGUCAAAUAUGUUAAUCAUUCUGACUCAAGAUUGAAGACUUUUUGUGAUAUUGUCAAGAAGAUGGGUGUAAAAGAAAGGAAACUAGUUGUUGAUUGUCCCACCAGAUGGAAUUCAACAUAUGAAAUGUUGUCUGUUGCUUCUAAAUUUAAAGAUGUUUUUCCAGAAUAUAAGGAGUGGGAGCCACAUUAUAAUUAUUUGCCAUCAACUGAAUAUUGGGAAAAGGUUGAAAAGGUAUGCCAUCUUUUAGAAGUUUUCACUCAUGCUACUAAUGUUAUGUCAGGUACUCAAUAUCCUACAGCAAAUUUAUACCUUCCUGAAGUGUUUAGGGUGAAACAAGUGAUUGAUGCUGCAGCUGAAGACAAUUAUGAUUUUAUGAGAGGAAUGACAAGGUUUAUGAAAGAUAAAUUUGAUAAAUAUUGGGGGGAAUGCAAUAUGUUGAUGGCCGUUGCUAGUGUUUUAGACCCACGAUGUAAAUUCCAUGUGGUGAAAAUUUGCUUUCCACUUAUAUACAAAUCAGAAUAA